AUGGCGGCGAAUCAACCCACUCUUCAGCAGGUCUUAGAUGACCUUGAGACUUCUACCUUCGAAGAUGCCGGCUACGAGAGCGAGUCCUUUGAGGUACAAGAAGAGGAAACUGCACUAAGCUCCAUCAAAAAGAGCCUCACCAUCUGCUUUCCCAUCCGAUCCAACUACAGCCCGAGCUGGAAUACCUCGUCAGCCUUUCGCGAGCUUGUGCAAAAUUGGAGAGACGGCAUCAUCCAAUCGUUCAAACUGAAAGAGACCCAGUUCCAUGUUGUGAAAGAGAACAAGUCGACCGAUCUGAAAGCAGACAUACUCUUCAAGGCACUGAAUAAGGCGGCUGGAGUUGCUGAUGAUGAUUCCUGCCUGGGUUUCAUCCGGUUCUCCGGACGACGUGGCACCGGAAUCGUCGAGAUCACCAGCCGGGCCGCGUCCCUGCAGCCAAAACACCUGGACUUUGGGCAAAGCGACAAAUGGGGGAAGACCAAUCAAGCCGGUGUCCACGGUGAGGGCCUGAAAGUUGCUCUGCUGGUCUUCUUACGCCGAAAUCAUCGCGUCCGUUGCAUCAGCGGCAACGUCACGUGGAACUUCAACUUCACCACCGCUGGCAAGCUCGUCGCGAGGCUCAAUAAAAUGCAGCAAGAAGCCGUCGUCAGAGAAAAGCGUUCUGCCAAGAAACUCAAGGAUGACAAUUCUGUUCCUUUUCAGGUGUCUCCCUAUCACGACGUAAGAUUCUUCAUUGGCGAAAAGGGCAAGGGCAGAGAUGGGAUUGGUGAAUCAACACAGCGGGAGCACGUUACGUUGGAGACUUUCAAUAAGUGGUAUCGCUCAGCCUUGUUCCUACUUGACCUUCCCAGUCAGGAGGAAGCAAUCAUCACAACCAAGCACGGCGAGCUCAUCCUCGACGAUUCAGUCCAGGGAAACCUCUACCUAAAAGGCCUCUUGCUCAUGGAGUCCAGCCCAGAUUACUCUGCAAGCAUAUCAGGAUGGCCACUCAAGUACGCAUACAAUUUUCGACAUGGCGUAACCAACCGAGACAGACAAUCCGUCACAAGCUCAAGCAACGAAUGCCGGACAAUUCUCAGCAUCUGGAGUGACGCGUUGCAACAGAAACCAAGUCUUAUUGCGGCCUUCCAUGACAUGCUUCUCUCCACAAAUCCUUUGUAUGCCGACGUGCACUUGGCUGAGUCGCUUAUGGGAAUUGAGUCGGCAAAGAAAAUGUCCGAGGAUCCUCGCCUCAAAACGAUCAUACAGGGGUUGGGCCGGACCGGAUCCAGACUUCCAGAUUGUUACUGGUCGAUUUUAUCCAGAUUUCACCUCAUCCACACUGCAAAGAAAGAGCAAGAGAACCAGUUUCUGAAAUCGAGAAUCGCAAUGGUGUCAGCGGACAAGUUUGCCGAGAGUCUUCACAGGCUUCUCCGCUCAUGCAUACCAGGAAUACCCAGCGUAGCCCAUAUCAACAUCGAGUUUGUCCAGGCGGGUCAGCUCCGACUUCACACGUAUUUAAAAGAUGCGACUUUCAAGAUCCAUGAGAGAUGGCUCGAUAGUGAACAGGUAGUGGGAGAGCUCGGACUGUCCAGCAACGUUCAAGAAAUCGAUGUGCUCUUCCAUGCUGUCCAAUGGCUAGUCAAGGAGCUUAUUGAGCAGAUGUCCGAAGGUCAAUUUGUUAAAACCGAAGACCACACCAUAGAAUGGGACAAGAGAAGGGUCACCAACUGUGCUGUUCAGAGGCUAUUUGAGUACAUGAACGUCAACAAUAGUGUCACGCUACAGCAAACUCCGCCGGGGAAUACGAACAAGCUGAUUCUGGGAUGGAAUCGCUUCUCGUCAUGGUGCCAAGAAGCAGUGGUCAGUGUACAGCUGCAUCAUAAGGCCAGUUGCCAGGAAAUUCACGCUCGCCUCCUCUCCAAAGAAUUCAAUCCGGAGAAAUUGCCUUGCAAAAAACUACAAGAAGGGCCAGCGGAAGACAUCAAGCCAACGGCUUGCUUUUCAAUGAUAGUCCAGCCGGGACUUGGCUCCUACUCCUUCGAGAAUCUGAACCGGGGCUCAGAGUACUUUGCUGUUAUCAUCAAGCAAAACGAGCCAGACUCUAUUGCCUUGAUAUCGCAAAUGUGCAAGGUCCCCCGCCUACCGGCAGAAGUAAUCGAUCUAACUGUUGAUGGGACUCUAGCGCUUACACCACCAUUCCGCGCUGUAAAACCGAUCGAGAAUCUGGACAUUCUUCAGCCUCGCGAUUGGUACGACGCACGAUCACACAAUGUGGAGGGUGCUGUUAUAGGAAUCCCCAAGCCUAAAUCGACAAACGGUCGCAAACGACAACCCGAACACCAUGAGGCUCUCCCACGGCCCAAGCGGGUUGUCUAG